AUGAGACAUAAUCCCCACAACAGCUCAGAGUUGCCAACUUUCACCCUGACAGGGCUCCCAGGGCUGGAGACCUCCCAACACUGGAUGUUUUUGCUCUUUGGUACCCUCUACAUUGUUUCCAUUGUGGGCAAUGCCCUUAUCCUUUUCAUUGUCAAGGAGGAGCAUAGCUUGCAUCAGCCUAUGUACUUCCUGUCCCUCUCAGUUAAUGAUCUAGGUGUGUCUUUCUCCACACUGCCCACUGUGUUAGCCACAUUUUGCUUUGAUUUAAGGAAGAUCAGCUUUGGUUCUUGCAUGGCUCAAAUGUUUUUUAUCCACUUCUUCUCUUUCAUGGAGUCUGGGGUCUUGCUGAUUAUGAGCUUUGACUGCUAUGUGGCCAUCUGUAACGCACCACGCGAUGCCAUCGUGCUCACAGAUACCCGUGUUGUACGCAUGGGCUUGCCUGUUAUCAUCCGCAGCUUCUGCAUGGUUUGCCCACUGCCUUUCCUUCUGAAGAGGUUGCCCUUCUGCAACGCCAAUGUACUGUCCCAUGCCUACUGUCCGCAUCCAGAUCUGAUCCUCCUUCCCUGCGGUGACAUUACCAUCAAUAAUAUUUUUGGUCUCUUCAUUGUCAUUUCUACCUUUAGCCUGGACUCUGCACUCAUUCUCCUCUCCUAUGUGCUCAUACUGUGCUCUGUACUCACCAUUGCAUCCCAGGAGGAAUGGUUAAAGACACUCAGCACGUGUGUGUCACACAUGUGUGCUGUGCUCAUCUUCUAA